UGUUUCUAUGAUGAAGAUAAAGGUUUAAUGGUUCCGCAAGGAAAAUUUGACAAAGACUCUGAGUUCAGUGUUAUGAAGUUAUAUAAAGCACUUUAUGACGGUCAAGAGAUUGCAUUCGACUUAUGUAAGUCGUGUCAACCUUGCUUUGCUGAAAAGUUUAACUUCUCAAUAACAAAUAAAACAAGCUUUAUUCGUAAGUUGAAGGUCUGA